AUGGCUGUCUGCAUCCUCUAUGACAUGCUUGUGGGAAAAGAAAUCUGCAACGUCUGGGAGGCCAUGCUCAGCAAGCUGUUGCUCAGCGAAGCCCAUGUCUACUACAAGGACAUCUGUACUGACUGCCACAUCAAGGCUCUGUUUGGGAAAGUGGACAGCGCCUACAAUAUCCAGCAGCCUCCCAACCAAACUAGCCAGCUACAGCCGCUCUCCUGA